GAUGGUCCAGGCAGAUCUUCUCAGCCCCACCCCCCACUCCCCCUUGAUCCCUUCCCCCACACCGUGACUAUCCACCAGAUGGGUGGGUGGGUGCGUGCAUGCGUUGCAAACAAUGAAAGCCGACUCCACCACAACCACCACCGACGCUACCUCUACCACCACCGCCACUGCCACCAUUGACGCGGGCUGAGCGCGGCAGGAGCGGCAGGCGGGCUCGCACUGGUAGAUCAAUCGGCAGACGACAGUUUUUCACGGCGGCCGAGUGGAGGUGGGAUGCGCUAGUGUUCGAGACGCAAGUCCGCGGCUGCUGCCUUCUCCUCUCAAAAAGGUAGAUAACCCCAUCCUUCCAGAACCGCUGCUCCCGCGGGUCUCAACCUCUCAACUCCGAAGCACUUCUACCUCUCCUUCCCCCUCCCCACCACCACCACCACAACAACCCCUCCUCUUUUUUGUGACCCACCACCCACAGAGGUGUCAUCGUUUCGAGACUCGGAUACGACGGAUUUUUUUGGGGGGGAACCGGACAGUUACCAGCGGGACCAACCGUGACAGCAAGCGUCACCGUGCGUGCACCCCCCACAACUUAGCUGCAGUUGUGGAAGGAUGUAUGGAAAGUGCAGUGAUCUCUGAUGGCUAUGUCCAAGCUACCAACUCCACCACUACCGCCGCGUAGUGACAGCGGUAGUCCUUCAGCAUUCAGUGGCGAACAAUGCGCAGGCGCUGUGAUGACGUAGCAUCAUGGCCUCCACCAGCCAGUCUCAUGACAAGCUGACGAGCAAACGAGCUGUGGAGGAUGAGCUGGAGGUGCUGGAGAACGGCGGCCUCAGCCCCCAGCCGUCGCUGCGUACGGAGGAUGACGCGUGCUCCGAGAUCAUCCGCAUCGAGCAGCAGGACGCCGCGGAGGAGAAGUUCCGCAACACCACCCUGGGUCGCAUAGUCCGCACCCUGCAGGUUAGAUCGGCACUAUUCAAACAAUGGGCUUCCGGGGGGCGGUCGCGGCCGGUGCGGCGGCCGGACUCGUUUCUGGAGAGGUUCGCCAUGGGCGGCAAGGACAUCCCCCACCACAGCGGCGAGAGGCGGCACCGCAAGAUCUCCGACAUCAGGUACUGGACACACUUCUACGUGGACCCGUCAGAAAACUUCCACUACCGCUGGCUGAGCCUGGUGUCCAUGGCCAUCCUCUACAACAUCGUCUUCAUCAUCGUGCGAGCCGUCUUCUCCGAGCUGCAGACGAGCUACGUCACUGUGUGGCUUGUGCUCGACUACCUCUGCGACCUCAUCUACGUCAUGGACAUGGGCAUCCAGUUCAGGACAGGGUACCUGGAGCAGGGACUAAUGGUGGUGGACCCGGCCAAGCUGAGACGUAACUACACGAAGAACCGAUCUUUCUACAUCGACGUAUUCAGCAUCCUGCCAACGGAUGUCCUCUACGUCGUCAUCGGCAUCGACAAGCCGUAUGUCCGCUUCAACAGGCUCUUCCGUGUCAGGCGACUCUUCGAGUUCACAGACAGGACGGAGACUCGCACAAGUUUCACGAACAUGUGGCGAAUAUUGACGCUGGUCUUGUACAUCCUCAUCAUCAUCCACUGGAACGCCUGUAUCUACUACGCUAUCAGUAGUGGCAUCGGAUUCGGGUCAGAUAACUGGGUGUACGGCAACAUCUCACUCCCGAGAUACAAGCCGUUGACCCGGAAGUACAUCUACAGCUUCUACUGGUCUACGCUGACUCUGACGACGAUCGGCGAGACGCCGCAGCCCGAGCAGGACAUCGAAUACCUCUUCGUUGUUGUCGACUUUCUCAUCGGCGUACUCAUCUUUGCCACCAUUGUGGGCAAUGUGGGAAGCAUGAUCACCAACAUGAAUGCCUCCCGCUCCGAGUUCCAGCACAAGAUGGACGGCGUGAAGCAGUACAUGGAAUUCCGCAAGGUGUCGAAGGAGCUGGAGGAACGUGUCAUCAAGUGGUUUGACUAUCUGUGGACCAACAAGCAGUCCCUCAACGAGGAGGAGGUUCUGUCGGCGCUGCCUGACAAACUCAAAGCCGAGAUGGCAAUCCAGGUGCACCUGGACACCCUCAAGCGGGUCACCAUUUUUCAGGACUGCGAGCCAGGGCUGCUGGUAGAGCUGGUGCUGAAGCUUCGCCUGCAGGUUUUCUCCCCUGGCGACUACAUCUGCCGCAAGGGGGACAUCGGCCGCGAGAUGUACAUCGUUAAGCGCGGCAAGCUCAGUGUGGUCGGUGACGACGGUCACACGGUCUUCGCCACCCUCAGCGACGGCUCGGUCUUCGGGGAGGUCAGCAUCCUCAACAUCGCGGGCAACAAGACCGGCAACCGCCGCACGGCCAACGUCCGCUCCAUUGGCUACAGUGACCUCUUCUGUCUGUCCAAGGAUGCUCUGUGGGACGCCCUCACUGAGUACCCGGAGGCGAAAAACAAGCUCAUUGAGGUCGGCAGGCAGAUCCUCAAGAAGGAUAACUUGCUGGACGAGGAGGCGCUCAAGAGGGAGAAGGAGAAGCAGGAGAACAUCAACCAGAAGCUGGAACGCAUCGAAUCCACCCUGGAUAACCUGUCUACCCGAUUCGCUCGCCUCCUGUCAGACUUUAAUUGCACACAGCUUAAGCUCAAGCAACGCCUUACCAAAGUUGAGAAAAUGCUUUCACGUGACGGUGACGCAAUAUCAAACGUUUCAGCCGUUGAACUCGAUAGCAAAUAGCGCUUGCUGGCGAAUAGCUGGCGUUGUUUCAUUGGCUGCCGCGGCAGGUAGCCGGUAGCUGGCGUUGUUUCAUUGGCUGCAGUGCGCUCUCUCAUCCUUCGUUAUCUUUCGUUUCGCUGGCUGCCUCAGAUGCUGCUUCUGGCAGAACGAGCGUUGAUUGGCUGGCAGCAGCAGCAGGAGACGAAACAGAGGUCCAGGAAGUGACGUCACUCUGGACCGUCCUGUUCUUAACAAGUGCAAGUGCAACGAGUUGCUCCGAGGAGAUGAUUUUUUGAG